AUGCUCAACGAUAUUCGUUUUGCCGGUGGCAUCAACUUUGACGGGAGCCUGCAGGGUUCAGUCAUCCAGCAAGGCCUUGACCGACCAUUUAUCAACUUCGGCGAAGCGAGUCUAGCGGAUCCAGGAUACGACACGUGGAACGAAACAUGGCCGCAUCUGCGUGGCUUCAGAAUGCAGCUGCAGUUAAAGGACUGGCUGCAUCUCACGUUCAGUGACUUGCCGGUUGUGUUUGAUUCUGCGCCGUCAGCUAAGAUGCUCCGGAACGAAACUGCAAAGAACCUGGGUUCGUUGCUGGGUUUGGGGACGUUGCCUGGAUUGCGUGUUAGGACGAUCUUGACGGAUUAUAUCACAGAGGCGUGCAGAUUCUUCUUGACGGGGAAGAAGCCGGCAUUGCUGCGUGUGCCGUCUUCUGCGUAUCCGGAGGUUAUGUAUAUAAGGACAUAG